AUGUGCUACCAGGUGAAGUGCGGCACGUGCGGCAAGUCCACGUGGGCGGGGUGCGGCCGCCACGUCGCCUCCGUGCACCGGCAGAUCCCCGAGGGCCAGCACUGCGCCUGCCGCGACUGGCCGGGCGUCUCCGCCGCCGGCGACAAGGCCGCUGGCUCCACCUCCGGCGCAGUCGAGGAGUCCUCCACCUGCGCUAUCCUGUGA